UUAGAGCAUGUCCGUCAUUAUUUCUGCUGACCUGGCAAUUAUGCACUGGAUCCGUUUAUAAUGAAAACAAAUGGUUUGAUGGAUCGGUUUUGCUUUGUUUCUAAUAAAUUCACACAACCGUAAAUUACUCAAGGUUUUUGGGACAACUUGUGGAUUAUUUUCAUGUAUUCUUUUGAAGCCAAGUACUUGGAUAUGUUUUUUGUGUCAUCAUUGGGGUCAGAAUCCAUAGUGCCACUAUAACCACAGGCGGGUACAUUUUCUGAGGACCGCUCAACAACUCCGCAUACUUACCAUUUUUUUCUGCUGAACAUCCAUCAGAAGAAGCUGUAUCUCUCCCUUUUCUUUGACAUAAUAUUUUGGGGUUUAAUAAAAACUCGAAGAAAAGUCACGCGGCAUUAUACCAGCUAGUUGUUAAACUUGACAAGGAUGAUGGUGGCUCACCCUCGCCCCCUGUUGGUGAUAUUGCUGCAGCUGCUCCUCUCCUGCUUGCCCGCCCUCGGAUACUCCUCCAACAGAUUCUUCUACCAAGACAUUCUCAACGGAAACGGCAAUGGAGAGAUCCACUUUAACGGUGUAAAGCUCCAUGUGGACUCCUCCCAGCCCUUUGUGUUCGCUUUGCGGGGGAGUAACGCAACCCUAUCCUGCCGAUACUGGUACGAGCCAGAAUUGAGCUCCCCCAGGAGGGUGCGGGUGAAGUGGUCCUGGCUGCCCAUUGUGGGGGGCCAUGAGACAGACGUUCUAGUGGCCAUCGGGCCCCGCAUUCACAGCUUUGGGGAUUUCAGGGACCGGGUGCAUCUCAGACAGGACUCACCAGGAGAUGCUUCGCUGGUCAUGACUGAACUCCAGCUCAAUGACACGGGUCGUUACCGCUGUGAGGUCAUCGACGGGCUGGAGGACAAGAGCGCCACUGUUAACCUCGAGCUACGAGGUGUGGUUUUUCCCUACCAGCCUCCUCACGGGCGCUACAAUCUGACCUACCAUGAUGCUCAGCAAGUCUGCCAGGAGCAGGACUCCACUCUGGCCACCUUCGAGCAGUUGUUCCAGGCCUGGGAGGAGGGGCUGGACUGGUGCAAUGCAGGUUGGCUGGCUGAUGGGACAGUGCAGUACCCCAUCACCAAGUCCCGGAGCCCCUGUGGGGGGCUGGGCCUCGCCCCCGGGGUUAGGAGCUACGGUAGACGCCACCGCCACCUCCACCGCUACGACGCCUUCUGUUUCUCCUCCUCCCUCCGAGGUAAGGUCUACUACCUCCAGCUCCCCCAGAAGGUCAACCUCACUGAGGCCCAGCAGGUGUGCUUCAACAACGGGGCCCAGAUUGCCAAGGUGGGCCAACUCUACGCUGCCUGGAAGUUCAUGGGUCUGGACCGCUGUGAUGCCGGAUGGCUUGCUGACGGGAGCCUGCGCUACCCCAUCAACAACCCCCGCCGCAACUGUGGCCCCAUGGAACCAGGGGUGCGCAGCUUUGGGUUUGCCCCACCGCACCACAAGCACGGAGUGUACUGCUACAGUGCAGUUGUGGUGUUUCCCUACCAGCCUCCUCACGGGCGCUACAAUCUGACCUACCAUGAUGCUCAGCAAGUCUGCCAGGAGCAGGACUCCACUCUGGCCACCUUCGAGCAGUUGUUCCAGGCCUGGGAGGAGGGUCUGAACUGGUGCAACGCAGGCUGGCUGGCUGACGGGACAGUGCAGUACCCCAUCACCAAGCCCCGAAGGCCCUGUGGGGGGCUCGGCCUCUCCCCCGGGGUUAGGAGUUACGGUAGUCGCCACCGCCACCUCCACCGCUACGAUGUGUUUUGCUCCUCCUCCCCCCUCCAAGGUAAGGUCUACUACCUCCAGCUCCCCGAGAAGGUCAACCUCACUGAGGCCCAGCAGGCGUGCUUCAAAGAUGGGGCCCAGAUAGCCAAGGUGGGCCAGCUCUAUGUCGCCUGGAGGUUCAUGGGCCUGAACCACUGUGAUGCCGGAUGGCUCGCCGAUGGGAGCCUGCGCUACCCCAUCACCAAACCCAGCCGCAACUGUGGCCCCCUGGAACCAGGGGUGCGCAGCUUUGGGUUCCCCCCUCCAUACCAGAAGCAUGGGGUGUACUGCUACAGUGCAGGUAUGCAGUAAAUCUGAUAGAUGUGAUACAUCUACAUAUCACCAAUCUCACAUCUCUUCUAGUAUGGUAACAGCAGGUUAGCAGCACCAUGGUGAACAUGCAUUUCUCGCACAGGAUCAAAUACUCACUGCAUCUAGCCUGUGGUCAACGAGAUCAGGAACAUUUGUCGUAGUCCACAAUUCAAGGACUUGAGAUUUCCUUGCUCUGUUUUUCUGGCGGUAUUUGAUAGGGACAGAUAUAAUCUAGAGAUUGAAUGAACAACAGUCAGAUGCAAUGCACCAUCAUACCUGAGCUAAUUUCCAGUGGUUGUCCUCAGAUUAUCAUUGAAGUACACUAGUUAGUAUUAAAACAUCUACACAGUUGUUCUGAUGUCAUGAGCCAGAUCUUUACAGUAUGCAUAUCUAUGACUGUUGAUAGAUGUGUUAUAUUGUAAUAUAAUGUAUGAAUACUAUACCUACACAACUGUAGUACAUUAUGGACCCACCUACAUCUUGUUGUAGCCUAUAAUGUGAUCCCUCACUAUGUGUGAAUGAACCUGUAGUUAAACCCGGACCUCAGCUUCAACUGUAAUAUUAUGCAUAUUGUUAGUUCAACUUCCUGUAUUGUAUGCAUUUACUGUUCUCUCUUUGUAAACAUUUUCCUGUAUGACAUAGGAGCUGAUCUCAGCUGAUAUUUUUGUUAAAUAAAUUGUCUACCUUUUAAAA